CCAGUGCACAGGGUCUGCGGCGGCGACAAGCCUCUGUGCUGCUCAUAGCAUGUGAUAUACAGGAGCAGGGUGGGCCAGCUUGCAGAUGAUCAGUGAUCUGUAUAUAACAAGCUCUAGUUGACAAAACUGCUCUUAGUAUUGUACUUUGGAAGCUGGGCAGGCAGAUUUGUGCAAGACUGAGCUGGCAUUGCUCCAAACAUGGUUGCUGCUCACGCUUCCCAUUCUUCCUCCUCUGCAGAGUGGAUUGCCUGCCUUGAUAAAAGGCCUCUUGAACGUUCUAGUGAAGAUGUGGACAUCAUAUUUGCCCGUCUAAAAGAAGUUAAAGCGUUUGAAAGGUUUCAUCCGAAUCUACUUCAGCAAAUCUGUUUCUGUGGUUACUAUGAGAGUCUGGAAAAGAGUGUUACAUUGUAUCGCCAGGGUGAUAUUGGCACAAGUUGGUAUGCUGUAUUAACUGGAUCCCUGGAUGUCAAAGUUACCGAAACCAACAAUCAUCAGGAUGCCGUGGUUAUAUGCACACUGGGGGUCGGAACUGCUUUUGGAGAAUCAAUACUGGACAAUACACCCAGACAUGCCACCAUCGUCACAAGAGAAUUCAGUGAGCUUCUACGCAUUGAACAGAAGGACUUUAAAGCUCUGUGGGAGGUAAGCUUUCUAGUUUACUAGUUAAAUAUUAA